AGCAAGGAGGCCAUUUGACUAAAAAUACUGGUCACGUGGUGGGCAGGAGAAGCCUGUAAGCACGGCAGCACCACCACCAAACCGAGACGCGCGGAUGCAGCAGGAGGGCGAACAGAGCAAACUUCUUGUACUCAUCAUCUCGCCAAAAAACUUUUCCACCACCUGUCAACAAUUUUCGUCCGGAAGUUGAAUAAUUCUAGGAAAUCUUGUGGUUAGGUUCGUGACUGAAUCGAAAGAUCAAGAUGGAAAGAGUGGUUCAACAGCAGUUGGAGGAAAUUGGGAAGCAGUUGGAGAGCCAAGUUGAUGAUCAAUUGGCCAAGUUUGAAUCCAUGAAGGUUGAUGAUCUCCAAAGUAUUCGAGACGAAAUCCAGAAAAAGAGGAAGCUUCGGAUGGAGUUGGAAAAGAAGUGGAGAGAUCUGGGACACGGAAGUUACGACGAAUUAGGAGAUGAGAAGGCGUUUUUUGACGCUGGGAAAAAGUCUGAUCGGUUCAUUGUCCAUUUCUAUCGGGAAGCGACGGAAAGGUGUAAAAUUGUGGAUGUUCAUUUGAAAACUUUGGCAGCACAGCAUUUGGAAGCACGAUUUUGCAAGAUUGAUGCUGAGAAGAGUCCAUUUUUAUGUAGUCGUCUUUCGAUUCGAAUGCUCCCAACGAUCCUUCUUCUUCACAAGAACAUUGUGGUGGACCGAAUUCUUGGAUUUACCGACUUGGGAAACAGGGAUGACUUCAAGACGGACAUGUUGGAGUGGCGAUUAGCCUUGAAAGAUGUGAUUGAAUACGAAGGGGACAAGCAUAACCCACCAGACCAUACUGGGCCGAAGAAGAAGCAUCAGACGAACAUUAUCCGAAAAAGAAACAUUCGACGAGGUAAUGAAGAUUCAGAUGAUACCGACGAAGGAUCAGAUUAGUAGCAAUUGUCAAUGUAACAUCUCACCUAAAUAUUUGUUAACAGUUGCUUUCUACUUUUCUACUUAAUGCAACAUUUUUACCUGAAUUGUUGCCUAAUAUUCCAAUUAUAAUGCUAAAUUGCUAGUGAACAAUCUCGUCGACACGUUUUAUUCAUAAAAUAAUGUCAAUUUUUUAAUGAAACUUUCUGUGAGUAAACACAAGUAACAUCGCCUUGUAAAACGAUUAAUCGUUAAAAAACAUUCUUAAUUUUAUACACCAAAUAAACAUUUCAAAGCAA